AUGGCUAAGCGCGCCGGAAGUUGUACGACCCUAGCUCAUGCUACUGAAACGAAGCUAACCAUUCAAUCAAGGACGAUUUAUUCAAUACAUUUCGUUAAAGUUGCCCAUUUGGACAACAGUUCAAAGUCUAACUUAAAACAGUCGUUAUACGGAAUAUCACAAAAGGUAUGCUAAUUUCUCCAUGAAACAAUAAGGCAUGUAUUGCCAUUCUGAACGAGAACAUGAGACGUCAGAGCAGAAGCCAUGUUGGUUAGCCAGAAUUCGCUAACUAGCUGUUAGCUGAGAGCUUGCAAACCUGACUCUUUUCAUUAAUAUUACACAAAAUCAUUAGCUAAUUCACACUCGGUUGCAACUGACAUUCUAUAGCGUGUUAUUGAACUAGCUAGCUACAUGUGUUUUUACUAGUAAAGAUGCUAGCUAAAUUAACUAGUAGAAAACAAUUGGCUAACUAGCUACAUCUUCAGUAACCGUUAGCUAGUUGGGUAAGAUAGCAGAGCUUCUUUAAUGCUGAAUUCAUAUUAUAUUUAGUCUAGCAUUGGCCUAACUCAACUCUGGAUUUCGAAGCCAGUUCCACUGCGUUUUUUUCAUUGUUCCCCUCUAAUCAGGGACUGAUUUAGACCUGGGACACCAGGUGUUCCAAGAAAUUAUCACUUAGAACACCAAACCAGCAGGCUCCGGACCUCGUAGGGUAAGAGUUGAAUACCCCUGCUAGUAGAACGCAACCCUUCUUAUGAUAUGUGUUCAUGAGAUUCACUAAAAACACGCCACUUCAAUACAGCUACCACCGGAGGAGCCUUUUCAUUGCAGGUUAGGAGAAUUAACGUAGCAGGUUAGGAUAAUUAGGUUAAGGUUAGGAAAAGGGGUAAUGCUCUCUGAACCUGCCAUGAAAUGUCACUUCCGGGCAUAGCUGUAUCAAAGUGGCGUGUGUUCUUCUCAUUUUGACUAUACAGGAUGGCUGCAGACUGGUUGGGUAGUCUGGUGUCGAUAAACUGCGGAGCAACGCUAGGGGUAUACCAAGGCGAGGUGUCGUCUGUGGACCAGUCCAGUCAGACCAUCUCCCUCAGACAGCCCUUCCACAAUGGAGUCAAGUGCCCUGUGCCCGAGGUCACUUUUAGGUACUACUGUUUAUAGUUUACUCAAAUCUUUGUAGCACUAAGUUAAUCUUAAUAACUCCAUUGUAGGCAAUGCUUGACUUGGGCAGGAGCUCACCGGAACUGUGUACCCACAGAAUAUUAACUCAAAAGUAUUGCAGAGUUCCUGAACCUAAAUAUAAACAGUACCGGCACCCAAAAUGAGUACUGGCACCUAUUUUCAGUCCAAGGCAAACACUGGUUGUUGCCAAUGGAUGAAAGAUGAUCUUAGCACUACAAAGCUUUCAGGAAACUCACCCUUGUCUAUUAUGACGAUGUGACAUUGUCCUACAUGUGCAAACCAACAGGGAUGGAAUGUAAGGAUUUUAGGGACUGGCUAACCGGGCUAGUAGACAUUUUUACUAGCCACGGUCCAAAAUGUGUGCCAUGGGAUAUUUGAAAAGACAACAUUUCCCUAGCCAGCUAGUUGGGCACAUUUUCUUCUAGCCCUUUCUGAAAAGUACUAGCCUCGGGCUAACGGGCUAGCUUAAUUUCCAUCCCUCCUCAGACCCCAAAAGACAGGUUAUGUUUCACACUUCCCAAAUGUACACAGCAUCAAUUCAUUCAGGAGAAAAGACCUUCAAAGUUUUCAAACCAAUUACCUUUAUCUGAUUGUGUACCAGGGUUGAGAUCAAUUCUAUUUUCACUUAUCCAGAAUUCCCUGUUGUCUACCACAGUGCCAUGCCAACUAAAGCAAAGCCUUUAUAUGACUGUCUAUUCUACCACAAUGCAAAGGAUAUCAGCCUUUAUUAGACUGUCUAUUCUCCCACAAUGCAAUGGACAUCAGCCUUUAUAUGACUCUAUUCUCCCACAAUGCAAUGGACAUCAGCCUUUAUAUGACUCUAUUCCCCCAUAGUGCCAUGGACAUCAGCCUUUAUAUGACUCUAUUCUCCCAUAGUGCCAUGGACAUCAGCCUUAAUAUGAAUCUAUUCUCCCAUAGUGCCAUGGAUAUCAGCCUUAAUAUGACUCUAUUCUCCCAUAGUGCCAUGGACAUCAGCCUUAAUAUGAAUCUAUUCUCCCAUAGUGCCAUGGACAUCAGCCUUAAUAUGACUCUAUUCUCCCAUAGUGCCGUAGACAUCAGCCUUAAUAUGACUCUAUUCUCCCAUAGUGCCAUGGACAUCAGCCUUUAUAUGACUCUAUUCUCCCAUAGUGCCAUGGACAUCAGCCUUAAUAUGAAUCUAUUCUCCCAUAGUGCCGUAGACAUCAGCCUUAAUAUGACUCUAUUCUCCCAUAGUGCCAUGGACAUCAGCCUUUAUAUGACUCUAUUCUCCCAUAGUGCCAUGGAUAUCAGCCUUAAUAUGACUCUAUUCUCCCAUAGUGCCAUGGACAUCAGCCUUUAUAUGACUCUAUUCUCCCAUAGUGCCAUGGACAUCAGCCUUAAUAUGACUCUAUUCUCCCACAAUGCAAAGGAUAUCAGCCUUUAUUAGACUGUCUAUUCUCCCACAAUGCAAAGGAUAUCAGCCUUUAGUAUACUGUCUAUUCUCCCACAAUGCAAUGGACAUCAGCCUUUAGUAUACUGUCUAUUCUCCCACAAUGCAAUGGACAUCAGCCUUUAUAUGACUCUAUUCUCCCGUAUUGCCAUGGACAUCAGCCUUUAUAUGACUCUAUUCUCCCAUAGUGCCGUGGACAUCAGCCUUAAUAUGACUCUAUUCUCCCAUAGUGCCAUGGACAUCAGCCUUAAUAUGACUCUAUUCUCCCAUAGUGCCAUGGACAUCAGCCUUAAUAUGACUCUAUUCUCCCAUAGUGCCGUGGACAUCAGCCUUAAUAUGACUCUAUUCUCCCGUAUUGCCAUGGACAUCAGCCUUUAUAUGACUCUAUUCUCCCAUAGUGCCGUGGACAUCAGCCUUAAUAUGACUCUAUUCUCCCGUAUUGCCAUGGACAUCAGCCUUAAUAUGACUCUAUUCUCCCGUAUUGCCAUGGACAUCAGCCUUUAUAUGACUCUAUUCUCCCAUAGUGCCAUGGAUAUCAGCCUUAAUAUGACUCUAUUCUCCCAUAGUGCCAUGGACAUCAGCCUUUAUAUGACUCUAUUCUCCCGUAUUGCCAUGGACAUCAGCCUUUAUAUGACUCUAUUCUCCCAUAGUGCCAUGGACAUCAGCCUUAAUAUGAAUCUAUUCUCCCAUAGUGCCGUGGACAUCAGCCUUAAUAUGACUAUUCUCCCAUAGUGCCAUGGACAUCAGCCUUAAUAUGACUCUAUUCUCCCAUAGUGCCAUGGACAUCAGCCUUAAUAUGACUCUAUUCUCCCAUAGUGCCGUGGACAUCAGCCUUAAUAUGACUCUAUUCUCCCGUAUUGCCAUGGACAUCAGCCUUAAUAUGAAUCUAUUCUCCCAUAGUGCCGUGGACAUCAGCCUUAAUAUGACUCUAUUCUCCCAUAGUGCCAUGGACAUCAGCCUUAAUAUGACUCUAUUCUCCCAUAGUGCCAUGGACAUCAGCCUUAAUAUGACUCUAUUCUCCCAUAGUGCCGUGGACAUCAGCCUUAAUAUGACUCUAUUCUCCCGUAUUGCCAUGGACAUCAGCCUUUAUAUGACUCUAUUCUCCCAUAGUGCCGUGGACAUCAGCCUUAAUAUGACUCUAUUCUCCCGUAUUGCCAUGGACAUCAGCCUUUAUAUGACUCUAUUCUCCCAUAGUGCCAUGGAUAUCAGCCUUAAUAUGACUCUAUUCUCCCAUAGUGCCAUGGACAUCAGCCUUUAUAUGACUCUAUUCUCCCAUAGUGCCAUGGACAUCAGCCUUAAUAUGACUCUAUUCUCCCAUAGUGCCAUGGAUAUCAGCCUUAAUAUGACUCUAUUCUCCCAUAGUGCCAUGGACAUCAGCCUUUAUAUGACUCUAUUCUCCCAUAGUGCCAUGGACAUCAGCCUUAAUAUGACUCUAUUCUCCCAUAGUGCCAUGGAUAUCAGCCUUAAUAUGACUCUAUUCUCCCAUAGUGCCAUGGAUAUCAGCCUUAAUAUGACUCUAUUCUCCCAUAGUGCCAUGGAUAUCAGCCUUAAUAUGACUCUAUUCUCCCAUAGUGCCAUGGACAUCAGCCUUAAUAUGACUCUAUUCUCCCAUAGUGCCAUGGAUAUCAAGGAGCUGAAGGUCCUGGACAUAGGUAGUAGCAGAGGUGGUGUGGUUCAGAAGAGCAGCGCUCCAGUCUCGGUCCCACACAUAGGAGACCACAGGACCCAGGAGAGGCUGGCUUCACCACAGCAGCAGUGCUCUACAAGCUCUGGAGAUAAACACCUGGAGGUGUCAGGCCAGCCCAAGGGCUUCAGACGGAGACACAACUCCUGUAAGUACCAGCACACUGCAGGGUUUUGUUCAUUAGGGCACCAAGUUGGAAGAAAAACGGACUGAAACAGGGUGGGACUAAAUAAGACUCAAUAAGGACUUAAUAAGAAACACUAAUUUGAGUUUUUAGGAAAUUGCUGCGAAAAGCUGUGUGCCCUAAUAAUCGCGAGCCAAGUUUACCUCAGUUGUUGAGGACCACAGACUAGGUAGGGUUUGGUAGCUAUCUACUAAUGAUGAAUCAUAAAUUAAUACAAUGUUGCAUAUUGUGUCAGCAGUCUCAGCUUUCUAAACUUAUUUUUGGUAUCACAGGGUCGUCCAGUAGUCGGGGCGCCAACCAGGUCACCCCCAAGAAGAACGGAGGAGGAGGAGGAGGAGGAUGGGGUCAGAGGCAGCACAGGGACGAUGAGUGUUUCGGGGGCAAUAUGGACGACAGCCUGGACACAGACUUUGACUUCGAGGGGAACCUGGCGCUGUUCGACAAAGCGGCCGUGUUCUCACAGAUCGACGGGUCGGAUCGCCACGGUAACGGGGCCCGGUCACGCGCUAUGCCGCAGGUGCAGACGUCGUCGCAAUACCGUCACAAUGACAACAUUCUAGAGACCAAACCUGUGGGGUACAGGCAGAUACUUGUCCCACAUCCUGGGGAUAAAGAGUAUUGCACUGGUAUGUAGAUUAUCUUCUCCUUUCUGAUGAAUGGAACGAUAAGCCUAGGCACCGUCGGAUUUCCUCAUUUUAGAUGGUGCCUAUUUUUUUCAUUUGUUUGGGAACAAUUUACAAAUUCUGUAAUAUAUAAUAUAUGUAAUUUAGCAGACGCUUUUAUCCAAAGAGGCUUACAGUCAUGCGUGCAUACAUUUUACGUAUGGGUGGUCCCGGGAAUCAAACCCACUAUCCUGGCAUUGCAAGCUACAAAGGACCUCAUAAGGCAGAGAGAACUGUCGUUAGGGAAAAGGAAGUGCUGUCGCUCGCUACCUUUCUUUCUAACCAAUGAACAGUGGAGCAGCAGAAGAUGAAGAAAUAUCAGUCUUUCAAUUUUUCAAGUGUUAACUGUCUUCUGUGAUUAGCAGCUAAGGUCUCCCUCUCUCCCCUUACCCUCUGUGGUUGUGUAGAUUGGGGCCUGGUGGUGCCUAGUAUUUCCUACGAGCUGCACAAGCGUCUGUUGUCAGUAGCUGAGCGUCAUGGCCUCUCAUUGGAGAGGAGGCUGGAGAUGACAGGUGUUUGUGCCAGUCAGAUGGCCCUGACGCUGCUGGGCGGGCCCAACAGGUAAGCACACAAACUUAGACGCCAUCACACUCGUAAAUCGUUCAAAUAAAUUACAAAUAUGCUCUAAAUGAGUCCAUGCCCCAGGCCGUCUGUUUUGUAGAUCCAAGUAUUUACAACCAUUUAAAAUAGAAAAGAUAAGCAUCAUGCUAUUUACAGAUUUGUGGUCCUUUCACCCUCACUUAUCUGAGGUUAUACAGAUUUAUCAGACAAAGUUGAAUGGCUUAUUGGUUAAUGACCAAUAUUUAUUGCAUUAAAACCAAAUCUUCUUCAUGACACGUACUGCCUCUCACUCCCUCCCUCCAGACUGACCCCUAAGAACGUCCACCAGCGGCCCACCGUAGCGUUGCUCUGCGGCCCCCAUGUCCAGGGAGCUCAGGGCAUCAGCUGUGGUCGUCACCUGGCCAACCACGAGGUGGAGGUUAUACUCUUCCUGCCUAAUUUCGUCAAGGUGCUGGACGCCGUCGCCAGCGAGCUCACCCUCUACAGUAAGACGGAGGGCAAACGGGUCUCCAGUAUUAAAGGUAAUGGAUUUCUUCUACUGCGUGUCGGCGUUAAAAUUCACCAAAUGGUUCAUAAAUAAAUAAACCCCACUUGCCCUUUUUUUCUGAAGUUUUAGCAAAUUCAGGUUUUGCAAAAAUGGCGACUGAGAGACGAGGCGGGAGUAAGAGGCAACUAGCCAACCAGAGCUCAGGUCUUAGCAUGUUGUCUGGCCAAUGUUGAUGACCUCUGUUUGUCUUACCUCUGUUUGUUUUGUCUUCCCCUAGAGCUUCCCGACAGCCCUGUGGACCUGAUCAUCAACUGCUUGGAUUGCCAUGAGAACACCUUUCUGAUGGAUCAGCCAUGGUACCGGGCCGCUGCAGACUGGGCCAACCAGAACAGGGCUCCCGUGCUCAGCCUGGAUCCUCCAGUCAGCGGACAGGGCCAUGCCGUAGAGGCCAAGUGGACCCUGUCCCUGGGUCUGCCGCUCUCGCUGUCGGAGGGCGCCGGCAGGGUCUACCUGUGCGACAUAGGUGUUCCCAGACAGGUGUUCCAGGAAGUAGGGAUCAAGUAUCAUUCUCCGUUCGGGUGUAAGUUUGUGGUGCCGUUGCACUCUGCGUAACUGGCUUGUUAUUCAUUAGGCACCGAACGGAAGAAAACGGACUGGAACAAGGAGGGAGGGGACAAUCUGUCCAAUAAGAAAUGCUUGUUUUUGUUUUCAAAACGUUUUGCAACGGUGUGCCUUAAUGAAUAUGCCCCUGGACUGCCAUGACAUUUGAUCUUAGACUGAACUUUGAACUCUCACCCUGACCAUACAGGUCACUUCAGUAGGCGCGAAACGGAAGAAAACUGUAAAAAAAAAAAAAAAAAAAAAAAUGGGGAGGCUAGUAUCUGAACUGGUAUUCAACGAGUUCCUUAAUGAACACAACCUAGGUUUGGGGGAAUCAACCAGAGCAAGCCUUAAGUUCCAGACUUUUAACUAAGUGUUAAAAAGCAUGAAUCCUUUUAUCCCUCAUGCAGUUACAUGAUGUGUUGGAGAAGUCUUGUCCCUCGUACAUUCAGUACCCUGUGUGGUACAACACCUCUCCAGGACUGAGCAGUGGUAUGAGAGGGAGGGGAGUAUUGUGAAGACUUGGCCUGAGGCAUGGCUGUAGAGACUUCUAUGACUGUAGAUUCCUAUGACUAGAUUAAUGACUGUAGAUUCCUAUGACUGUAGAUUCACCUCAGAAAAUGUUGGGGAGGGAGAUACCUUCACAGUGUUGGAGAUGGAGAAAUUGGAGUUUGAUGUGGUCGAAGAAAAGAGGAGAGCAAAGGCUGUCAAUGUCACCGGCCCAAAGGGCUCUCCCCAGUUCAGGGGAGCAAGUACGCCGCCGACAGGAACCGUCACAGGCCUAA